AUGGGGGCGGUCGGAGGGGCGCUUCAGAUCCAGGUUGACUACUCGCGGUGGCUAGACAAGCCAGAGAAGUGGAGAGCGGUGACGGAGAAGUACAGCUCGAGUCUGAUGGAGCUGGCGUGCAAGUUACUGGAGGUGUUGUCGGAGGCGAUGAGAUUGGAGAAGGAGGUACUGACGAAGGCGUGCGUGGACAUGGAUCAGCAAGUGGUGGUGAAUUACUAUCCCAAGUGUCCUCAGCCGGACCUUACGCUGGGGCUCAAACGCCACACAGACCCUGGAACCAUAACGCUGUUGCUGCAAGAUCAGGUGGGUGGGCUUCAGGCCACCCGAGACGGUGGCAAGACUUGGAUCACCUUUCAGCCUGCUGAGGGGGCUUUCGUUGUCAACCUCGGCUCAAUGUGCAUCAUAUGA